GAGGGCUGCUGGUCAGGCUUUAAUAAGGUCCAAUGGCUGGUGCGCGGUGGCCAGGGACACUGACACGCCACGGAGGACAGUCUAACUUAAAGUCUUAAGCCAGGCACAACUUAAAAAGGAUGAAUAGUUUGAGUAGACUAUGUCCGGGCAAUGUGUAGACCUUUUUACACGGCGGCAUUUGGGCUAAAUGCGCGCAGUUUCUAGAAAGGACCUGUUCGGCGCGCAGUGAGUGAAGUGAAGUUCCUUUUUUUUCUCCAUGAUUCGGAUGAAGAUUCAACCCCCUUUCAAAUGAGGCCCAGCUCCUGUCCCCCCCUCCUCGUUGGCAACGCGCCCCACUGAGCCCCUGAACCCUCCCCGAUGAAGAAGUCCUGGUGGGCCCACUCGGCACGGCUGGGCCUGCUCACCAUGUGCGCGUGCACCUGGCUGGUCCAGGGAUGUGGCCCGGGGCCUCGCUACGGGUCCCGGCCCAGGCACAGGAAGCUCGCGGCCAUGCACUACAAGCAGACGGUCCCCAACUUCUCCGAGAACAACCUGGGAGCGAGCGGCCGGGCGGAGGGCAAGAUCACACGCACCUCAGAGCGCUUCAAUGAUCUGGUGUGCAACUACAACCCCGAUGUGGUCUUCAAGGAUGAGGAGAACACCAACGCAGACCGCUUCAUGACCAAGCGCUGCAAGGACUGUCUGAACCGACUGGCCAUCGCUGUCCUGAACCAGUGGCCUGGGGUACACCUGCGGGUCACUGAGGCCUGGGACGAAGACGGUCACCACCCGGCAGACUCUCUGCACUACGAGGGCCGGGCCGUGGACAUCACCACAGACGACAGGAGAACAGAGAAGUACGGCCUUCUAGCUCAGUUGGCGGUGGAGGCCGGUUUCGACUGGGUGCACUAUGAGUCCAAGUACCACAUCCAUUGCUCAGUUAAGGCUGAUCAUGCCGUGACGGUGGAGAAAGGCGGAUGCUUCCCUGGCGGGGCCUGGGUGAGUACUCCUGGUGGGGGCAAGAAGACCCUGGCCUCGCUGGUUCUCGGGGACCGGGUCAUGGCCAUGUCUGAUACAGGCCGCGUGGUUUACAGCCCAGUCAUUCUGUUUCUGCACCGGGAGCCACGGGGCCGGUCCACCUUCUUAGCACUGCAGACUGAAGAUGGCAACCGUCUGGUCCUCACCCCCCACCACUUGGUCUUCCUCGCCUCCCGGUACACCCUCUGUCACGGAGAGUACAAGGCUAGGUUCGCUAGCCGAGCCCAGAAAGGGGAUUACGUUCUCGUCCAUGGGGCGGGUGACCGAGUGCGACCCUCUCGGAUCAUCUCUAUUUCAGUAGAGGACGGUGUGGGCAUCUACUCACCCUUGACACAAGAUGGCACUGUGUUUGUUGAUGGGGUGCUGGCAUCCACCUAUGCAGUGGUAGAAGACCACAAACUUGCACACUGGGCGUUUGGACCUGUUCGCUUUCUUUUCUCUAUCUAUCAACUGCUUUGGGAGGAGAGCCAAGGAGAAGGGCCAGCCGAAGUAGACAAGAAGAGCUACGCUAAGAAGUAUCCAAAAGACUUUGAUAUGAACACUUCGGUUAAUGGAAGAGCAGGUACAUAUGGUGAAAAUGACACUUCAAAAAGCAACGAGACUUUAAUAAUGGACAUUAAAGAGGAAGUAUCAAACAUACACUGGUAUGCUAGAUUGCUGUACAGCUUUGGACAAGUUUUCCUGGACUCAAGGUUAUUCCAUCCCUAAUCACAAUGAAUAUAAGCACAAGCAUAUUGCACGAGUAACUUCCAUUUCAUUGAUUUCCUGCAGUGUAGGCUGUUGCAUGAAAUGCCUUCCCAAUCACUGUUAUUUGCCUUGUCUUGUAUAUUAAAGAAUUCAUAAGUAAUAUAAAACAUGAGAUAUAAUUAUAUGAGAUAAAAGUAUAUUAUUUUAUAAAGACUUGAUAUCAUAUAAAUGCUCUUACCAGACACUGUCUCUACUUGUACAAUUUGUAACUUGUUAAAACGUGACAAAAUAUAAAUAAUUGCUGUUAUUCUAAUGCUUUGAGGAUAAUGCAUUUAAAAAACAAUAAAAGCUUUAUUUUUGUACAUUCUUCAUAAA